CCACCCUCUCCUCCUCCCCUUCCUCCGCCAACCCCAGCAGCAACCCCGCCUUCUUCUCCCCCGCAAACCCUAAUCCCCCCCGAUUUCGCCUUCGAUCCCGACCCCGACUCCAUCCCCAUCCCCAUCCCCAAUUCCAGCCCCCCUCCUCCCCCCCCGCCCCCGCCGCCGCCGCCGCCGCCGCCGCCGGCGCCCGCCCCCCCUCCACCGCCCCCUCAUGUCCUCCGACUACGGAUUCCAAUCCGAUCCCGACGCCGCCGACCACGACGACGGCAGCGGCGACGACCCCGCCCCGCCCCUCCUCCUCCCCCUCGAGCUCGCGCCCAGGCCCAAGCUCAGGCCUUGCUGUCCCCGCCGCCGGGCCAGGUCCUCAGCCUCCUCCACCUGUCGUUCAAUCAGGACUUCGGGUGCUUCGCGGUGGGGACCGACAACGGGUUCCGGAUCUAUAAUUGCGACCCGUUCAGGGAGAUCUUCCGCCGGGACUUCGACUCCGGGGGCGGGAUCGCCGUCGUGGAGAUGCUGUUCCGGUGCAACAUACUGGCCCUGGUCGGGAGUGGGUCGAACGCGAUGUACCCGGUGAACAAGGUCAUGAUCUGGGACGACCACCAGUCGCGGUGCAUCGGGGAGCUCUCGUUCCGGUCCGAGGUGAAGUCGGUCAAGCUCCGGCGGGACCGCAUCGUGGUGAUCCUACACCAGAAGAUAUACGUCUACAACUUUGCGGACCUGAAGCUGCUGCAUCAGAUUGAGACGAUCGCGAAUCCGAGGGGUUUGUGCGUGGUGUCGCAGAGUUCGGGGCAGAUGGUGCUCGUCUGUCCCGGGCUUCAGAAGGGGCAGGUUAGGGUCGAGCACUAUGCUUCAAAGAGGACUAAGUUCAUAAUGGCGCACGAUUCGAGGAUCGCGGCCUUUGCUCUGUCCCAGGAUGGGAGGUUGUUAGCAACUGCAAGUAGUAAGGGGACUCUAGUUAGGGUGUUUAACACUAUCGACGGGUCGUUGCUCCAAGAGGUAAGAAGAGGUGCAGAUCGUGCAGAAAUAUACAGCCUGGCCUUUUCUUCUACUGCUCAAUGGCUGGCGGUCUCAAGUGACAAAGGAACUGUCCAUGUCUUCAGUCUAAAGGCUGAUUUUGGCACGCUGAACAAUGACAGAUUGCACAAUACAUCUGAAAGCAACGUGUCUUCCUCCUCCAUGAUCUCAUCACUUUCUUUCAUGAAAGGUGUGCUGCCUAGGUACUUUAGCUCAGAAUGGUCAGUGGCUCAGUUCCGACUGCAUGAAGGUUUACAGUAUGUUGUUGCAUUUGGACACCAGAAGAACACAGUCUUAAUUCUUGGCAUGGAUGGGAGCUUUUAUCGAUGCCAAUUUGACCCAAUGACUGGUGGAGAGAUGACUCAGCUCGAAUACUAUAACUUUCUGAAACCCGAGGAAACUUUGUGAGGUGAAGCUGUGUACAUGUCUUUUGACAUUAGCGUGUAUAUUGUCGAUAAUGCUCUACCUGUAUGACAUAUAUGACACGGGAAGGUUACUCAAUAAGUUGUAAAUACUUGUAUCUGAAAAUGGAGGGCUAUAGGGAUAAAUACUGACCGAUGCGGACAGAGUGUACAUAUAAAUGGGGGUGGUUCAGGGAGUUUUCUUAAUUUCUGUAGCUAUGAUUAUGAAAGAUCUCAUCCGUUAUGUCUGUUUUACUUUUGAUUUUU